CCCAUGAUAUUUGUUGGGAUGAAAUGCCAACUCCAUCAAUGGGUCCUCGAGGAUCUUGAAGAUCCAGACCUCGUUUCAGAGGAUGAGGAUGGAUCAGCUGAGAUCGCUCCUGCUGACCCUCCAGCUGAGGGCCCCCUCUUACCUGCUCCUAUGGCUGUUCCAGAGCCUCCACCAGGUCUCCUCUUCUUCCCUUCACCUUCACCUGCUCCACAGCCUUCAGUGGAGGUCCUGCCCUCCCCUCUUCCUGCACCUGGUCCACAGCCUUCAGUGGAGGUGCUCUCCUUCCCGGCUCCUUUGGCUGAUCCAGAGCCUCCACCAGGUCUCCUCUUCUUCCCGGCUCCUGAACCUGCUCCACAGCCUUCAGUGGAGGUCCUCUGCUUCUCGGCUCCUUUGGCUGUUCCAGAGCCUCCACCAGGUCUCCUCUUCUUCCCGGGUCCUGCACCUGCUCCACAGCCUUCAGUGGAGGUUCUGUCUUCCCCUUCUCAUGCUCCACAGCCUUCAGUGGAGGUUAUCUCCUCCCCUCCUCCUGCAGCUGCUCCAAACCUUUCAGUGGAGGUUAUCUCCUCCCCUCCUCCUGCAUCUGCUCCACAGCCUUCAGUGGAAGUCCUCUCCUUCCAAGCUCCAUUGGCUGUUCUAGAGCCUCCACCAGGUCUCCUCUUCUUCCCGGCUCCUGCACCUGCUCCACAGCUUUCAAUGGAGGUCCUCUCCUCCUGUCCUCCUGCACCUGCUUCACAGCCUUCAGUGGAGGUCCUCUCCUCUCCGACUCCAUUGGCUGUUCCAGAGCCUCCACCAGGUCUCCUCCUCUUCCCGGCACUUGCUCCAAACCUUUCAGUGGAGGUUAUCUCAACCUCUGCUCCUCCACCUGCACCGGCUCCACAGCCUUCAGAUGCGCCUCCUCAACCCCAGAUGCUUCUGUUUUCUCAGCAAAAGAAUGCAGAAGCUGUGAAGGACAUGGAGGUUGGGAACUGUUCUUCAUCAUCUCAACUUUCACCUCCUCUUGGUCAAGCGCCUCCUCUCGCCUCUCCUCCGUCUAGGAAGCGUCGGGCUUCUUCAUCUACAGAGCAAAGUUAUGGAUUUCAGGGUGAGGCGACACCAAAGAGAGCCAGACUGUGUCCAUCAAGCAGCGAUAUUAAAGCUCAAGCCUCAUCUCCUAAUGGCCUAUCGGUUUCAGCUUCACCUCCUCAGCCGCAGACGCCUCCGUCCUUUCAGUAUUUAGAUAAAAUUCAGGACAUGGAGGUUGGGAACACUCCUUCUUCAUCUCAACUUUUACCUCCUCGAAACCAAUCGCCACCUCCUGCGUCUCCUUCCCUGCCUCCUUCUAGGAAGCGUCGGGCUCCUUCAUCUUCACAGGUAGAUUUAAACCGAAGCCUUUAG